AUGACCAAUUUUUAUGGAAAUAGGGACGAUAUCCAUUAUGAAGUAUUGAGCAAAGAUAUAGCGGAUGUUUAUAUUGAAAGCCAACGUGAUCCAGAAGUGAAUACAUUUGUUAAAAAAUUGUAUUAUACUAUGAAAGAACCUUCCUAUAUGGAUUGGAAAAUGAAUUCAUCGGGUAAAGUUGAAGAUGACGAAGAGAGAAGUCGUAUAUUGAGAUCAAAACUUGAGAGUAUUUUACGUAGUGAACGUUUAUCCCAAUUCUUGGAUGAAAACGGUAUCAAUUUGAAUGCAUACAAUACUUGGGUAAAGAAGAAGUUCUCUAAGGGUGUUAAGAAGGAGAUGAAAACAGUUGAUUUACCCGAAUGGGUAAGACGUUACUCUAAAAAGAGGAAAGAUGAAGAUGCUGAUGAAGACGAAGAACAAGGAGCUUUACUUAAGAAUAAUAAAUACCCCGAUGAAGAAAAGAAGCCGAAGAAAGCCGAGACUAAAGAUAAGUAA